AUGCAUCAACAUCCUCGGCCGUCCCCUGUGACAGCCUCCCCGGCUUCAUCACCGCGGACAAACCCAACUAGAACGAACAAUCCAAGAGACGACCCGCAGAGCACCCGCUCAAGAGCGAGUUCAGACAUGCCUGGAUACAGCGAGGGGGAUGAGGGCAGCGAGGAUAGCGGAGUCAUCGCCGCAACCGGACCAAGCAGAGAUGCCGUCAAGAAGCUUGACCAGAUAAUACAGAACUUUCACACAAAAGCUGCCAUUGUUGUGCUGCAAUCACGAAUGUCAUUGCCAGUCAUUCUUACGAAAGACGGCCCAAAGAGAGUGAAUAAAUGGUUUCAAAUCGAAACCGAUGACACCCCUGCCUUUCGAGACGACCUAAGCGUGUGGAGGAAUUGUGGUGGCUUACAAAACCGGCCACCCCCACUGAUUUUGGAAACAUAUCUCGAUACAUCUGCUCUGGAGAGCAAUCAUACCCUGGUUAUUGUUGACGAUAACGGGAAACAAUCGAAUGUCCUCGACGCCCUGAACGAUUCGAGCGGGUCCAGUGAGGGUGACUCGCGGCGGCGGAAGCGAAACACGGAGGUGAUAUUGGAAAGAUGGAGGAUUGAGCUUAAGGAGAACUCGGGGGAAAUGGCAUACGACUUUGCAGCAACAUUACCAACGAUCUAUAAGAAGUGUAUUGUCUUCUUCCGCUCCUUAUACUCCACCUCUAAAUUCACGCCGGCUUGGAGAUUUGUGAAGAUUUUGGCUAAAAGCGAACCACCAACCGAUUUGCUGCGUGUUAAAUGCCGUAUCUUGAGCGGUGAUGUUCCAUCUGGUCGGUUUGAUGCGCUUACUCAUCCUCUUUUCGAGAAUGGAGGGCCCGUAACAACGGAUUAUUUCCUCGGGACGACGGACACUCCCGUAGGACAGAUUUCCGCCGAAGUCUCCUACCGAAAUGAUUGUAACUUCCGCGUUGAUGAUGCCGACGGUGUGCUAGGUUCAAGGUAUAUGGGCGCAAAUGAUCAGUAUUUCCAACCGUCCAUAGGCAUCAAACAUGACAGCCGCCGUGGUCCUUCAAGGGCCGUUGAAGUUGGCUCCCUUCCCAUUCACAGACAGCCCAUCGACGACCCCGGGCCAAUCCAGGCAUAUGGAAGCUUAUCAACAUUCCAUGGCGAUGUACCCCCAAGGGCUUCUAGUCCCAUUUCAGCUCUCCGUGCUGCUAAGAUCAUGGGCUCAGAUGCAGGCUCACCUCCGGUGAGCUCAUCGCUACCUCGAACAAGGCCUAUACAGACGUCACGCGCGUCAUUAAUGUCACUAGAGGGCACAUCUACGGCAAGGAGACCAUCGGUGUCCUUUCAACCAUUUAAAGCAGGGUCGCUGUCAUCCUCGCCUGGUCGUGGCAACCCCUUACAAACCGCGGGAGAUAUGCCACCACAAUCGCCGCGGUCGCUCCCUCGAUCAUACGGAAUCAGCCAGCUAACUCAAGCUCGGAACCGCUCCUCCUUAACCGCCGGGAUGCCAGCUUCGUUGAGGGGUGGACCUCCAGUGUCGGACAAUGUGGUUGCCUCUUCUACCUCUAGCUCACCGAAACCAGCUCCCAUAAGUAGAUACAGCAGCAGCUUUACCCAUCGACGAGGUAAAUCAUCGUUUGGCGGUGCGAGCAAAAUUGCGGAUGAUGAUCAAAUUAGUAGCGGUAAGCAGAGCUUGUCAUCUUCCAUACAACCGGGCUCGGGCAUUCUUGCGGAAGGGCCUGGUGGUAGCUCAGGCUCACUGCAGACCGACGACGACAAUAUAUCUGAAUUCUUGAAGUUAUUGGAUAGCAAGAAGACGCUACAGAGUUUUGAGCGUUCCGGAGAAGCAUCUACCAAAAGGACGAGUGCGCAGCUCUCGAAAUUUCAAUCAAUGCGUGAAUCCAACAACGCAUUGACGGAGUCGAUGACUUCAUCAACCCUAUUAAAUCGAUCGUCAAGUUCUUCAAGUCGACAGCUGUCAAGUGUGCCGCCGAUGGUAGCAGCCACUUCAAUGUCAGCAUCAUCAUCGCCUGGAAAGCCGGUAUCACCACAUACGCCGCAUACGCCAGCCAUACCUUCAAGACUAAGCGCAAAUUCAGUGGCUGAAUACUCCGUACCACGUAGGCUCAGCGUUCGGAAUCGACCUACACCUGAGGCCCGCCAUGAGGAUGUUGGGGAUGCCGGCCAGAUAAGUGAGGGAACCAAUGCUAUCGACAUCCCUACAUCGCCGAGGCCGUAUUACCCUCAUACUCGAAGAUCGAGCUCUGUCGCCCAGCAGCACAGAGCUCUUCCUGUAGAUGACGACCUAGGCGAGCUUCCAUUCGGCGUCCACCGGUCCAUAAGCCUAGGUGCUGAUGAUCGCGAGCCACCCAGCCUAAGCGCACUACUCAGGCUUGGACAAGAGGAAGCUGAGAACGUUGCAUCACCUUCUUCUCCGUCUUCCCCUCGCCUUCUUCAGCCCGCGCCACACAUUUCGGAGUCCUCCACAGCCAUGUCUCGCGAACAGUCAUCUUCGCUUGAUGUAAACGAUUCCGGAAUUCCACAUGGCGCUCGUGCUGUUUCUGCUGGGUCAAUAACCGCUCCAUACCGUCCUAGAUUAGGUCGGACGGGUGGACGAGGUAUGACUCCGCCGCAGUCGGGCUCUUACUCCAGCCUCAUCGAACGAGCUGGCGCCAGCAGCACCAGCGAGCGAGGCAGUGGCAGAUAUAGCUUUACGAGAACCGCAGGAACAUAUGAAGCCGAUGACGAGCCACUACUUUUUGAUAUGAGCGAGAUCGGACGGGAGCAAUCAAGACGAAGCAUAGAGGAGCCCCGAGGAAGAGGAAGCGUCGGUGCAAGUGCUGCUGACCGCGGUGUAUAUGAUGCAGUAAGAGGGGCUGACUCUGGAUUAAGCGGCCGGAGAGGAGGCCGCCGAGGUUGGUAA